GAGGAGGGGAGAGGGGAGAGGAGGCGGGGCCGGGGCGGGGCCUGGCGGGCCGAGGCGGGGCCUCAUCCAUCCGUGAUCGCUGGCGGAGACGCGCUCUGCUCCGGAGGCCAAGCAGGAUCGCGCAGCGGCGGCUGAGCUCAGGAGAGUGUCCAGAAGCCAGGAGCUAUGGCGGUGGAGAACAUCAACGAGCUGCCUGAGAACAUCCUGCUGGAGCUGUUCACGCAUGUGCCCGCCCGCCAACUGCUGCUGCGCUGCCGCCUAGUCUGCAGCCUCUGGCGAGACCUCAUCGACCUCGUGACCCUCUGGAAGCGCAAAUGCCUGCGGGAAGGCUUCAUCACCGAGGACUGGGACCAGCCUGUGGCCGACUGGAAGAUCUUCUACUUCCUGCGAAGCCUCCACAGGAACCUCCUGCACAACCCAUGUGCUGAAGAGGGGUUUGAGUUCUGGAGCCUGGAUGUGAAUGGAGGUGAUGAGUGGAAGGUGGAGGAUCUCUCUGGAGACCAGAGGAAGGAAUUCCCCAAUGACCAGGUCAAGAAAUACUUCGUGACUUCUUAUUACACCUGCCUCAAGUCCCAGGUGGUGGACCUCAAGGCCGAAGGGUAUUGGGAGGAGCUGAUGGACACCACACGGCCGGACAUCAAGGUCAAAGACUGGUUUGCAGCCAGGCCAGACUGCGGGUCCAAGUACCAGCUAUGCGUUCAGCUCCUGUCGUCAGCACAUGCGCCUCUGGGGACCUUCCAGCCAGACCCAGCAACAAUCCAGCAGAAGAGCGAUGCCAAGUGGAGGGAGGUCUCCCACACGUUCUCCAACUACCCACCCGGCGUCCGCUACAUCUGGUUUCAGCACGGCGGCGUGGACACUCACUACUGGGCCGGCUGGUACGGCCCGAGGGUCACCAACAGCAGCAUCACCAUCGGGCCCCCCGCUGCCCUGACACCCCCAAACCCCCAUCCGCAGAACCCUGACUGGUAAACUAUCAGACAAAGGCUGGGCUUGGGAAGGGGAGGUGGACCAGGCUCCCCCAGACCUCCUAGUUCGUCCUUGCCCCCCCACCCCGUCACCUCUGUGGUGCCUCUCGGUUCAUGCAGCCCUCAGCUGCUGUGGGCAGCCAGCUCACUGCCUGAGGACUCAACCUGAGUGAUGGCAGGGGAGGCCUGUGUGGGCGCCUUUAAGAGAUGGGGCGGGCCCCUGAGGUUAGAGAGGUACAGGGUAUUCUCCGAAGCUCUUUCUCCAGACUCUGAGGGUGGGUCUCCAAGCUCAGAUGGCAACCUGGAUGUGUGUUUCUACCUUCCCCUGCUGUGCCCUUUCUCCCUGGCUUUUUUGAGGGUCCUCAGAGCAGGGACAGUCAUGAAGACAUCUGGCAAGCCUGUGGCUGCCCUGGAUAGUACAGAUGCUGGGAGGAGACUAAGUAGCUCAGACAGAUGGCGGUGAAAGGAGGAUUCUGCUGGCCUGGCCUCUGUCUCAUUCUCUGCUGCUCCCAAGCUCUCGCUCUGCCCACCUGUUCAGAGAGGUGGCUUUGGCCCAGAGGUUCAGGCCUGGUCUGAGAUGGGCAGGCCUCAGGUGGGAUGGGGUCCACGCCAGGUCUGAAGUGUCCUCACCGUCAGUGAAGUCCUAGAACCAGAUGGGGUGGGGUUCUCCCAAAGACCCCCGGAAUCCUGUGCAUGGUAACCCAGGGUAAGUGGGGGCAAGACUGGGCUCUGAUUCUGAGAGCUAGGAUAUAUGAGCACAGGAUGUGUGGGGUGGGGGGUUUUCAGGGACCACCUGUCCACCUCCAUGCCUGGGCCAGGUUCCCUGUGGUUUGGAGAGCAUUUCAAGCCCCCACCCCACCCUUCGAACUGCCAUUCCCAGGACCUACCCCCCCCACUCUAGCCCCACCCCCCUGCUGGAAGGACAACAGUGAUCUGAUCCUGCCCCUGCUGUAUGUGGCCAAAUAAAAGGUUCUCC